GUGUGUGUGUCUUCAGGCUACCCUCCACUGCCCAGCAGCCUGUACUCCAGCCCUUACCUGUCCCUGGGGCACCUGGAUCCUCCCUCGCUCUCCCAGCACCCUCUCUACGACUCUCACAAAGAGGGCUUUUACCUGCCAGCCCCCGUGAGCCAGUUGCCUCUCCACCCUCCAUCUGCUCCUCCUCCUCCGACCGCCCCGUCCAGCUCCACACCGCCACAGAGGACGUCCCGGGACGGGGGCAGGGACCGCCCUUAUCGGGGGGAAAGGGAGCGAGAGCGGUCGAGAGAGGAGCAGAGGCCGCACAGCGUGGUGGACCUGACGCAGGACGGGAGGAGCGAGGAGGACCGCCGAGCGAGGAUCGGCGACCGGGACCGAGAGAGAGAAAUGGACCGGGACACGGAGAGAGACCGGGAGAGUUGGGCCUUCCACCCUCACCCCCACGAGCAGAAGCCCCACCCCCAGCCUUCCGCAGUGCAGCCCAGAUCCCGGCCGUCGCCUCCACGGCACUCCUUCCCUUCAGGCGGGGGUGGGAGGAUUCACGGACCAGAAACAGACAGGGGGGGUCGGGAGGAAGAGGGGGUCUCUCGACCCCACCACAACCAUAACUCUAACGCUAACUCCAAUAACUCAAACUCUCACUCAGACAGACAGCGGAGGAAUGACUCUGCGGCCACGUCGGCCGGGACCCUCCACGUCUCCUACGCCCUUCCUCCAGCGCUUCAGCCCUCCGGCGCUGGCCCGCCUCACCCCUCCACACCCAGAGAGUGUAUGAGGGAGCAGCGAGUCAGCGCACCGACAUAUGUGCCUUCUGUGGAGGUGUACGACGAGCGGGUCGGGCCCAUCCAGAUCGCCUCGCAGGCCCGCGACAAACACAGAGACAGAGAGAGGGAGCGAGAGAGGGAGCGAGAGAGGGAACAAGAGAGCGACAGAGACAGAGAACGGGAGAGAAACAGGCAGAGGGAGAGCUACAGGUUUCCUGAGAGGAGCCUGAUGGAGCAUCCUCGACUCUCCCAGCCUGGCGAUUCAAGCAAUCAAAGAGAGGAAGGUUCUGUCAUUUGUUCCAAUGGUUCCGUUGGUAAACGAGGCCAGGACGCGUCUUACUCCUCCAGUCAAUCACGGUUCAGUCCGGACUCCAGGGACAUCUCUAAACACUCAAUCCGAUUGGGCAUAGAGCGGGCGGGGGCGGAACCUAAGUGGAACGCCAUCAGCCCGUUAGCCAACUAUGCCACGAGUCACAUGGCCGCCCUGGCAGCCCAACAUGCACACACACUCUCCUCUCCCCACAGCCAGCCCAAACGCACACAGAUGUCCCCUCACACAAACCACCGGCCCAGCAGCAGCAACAACAACAACAACAACACACACUCCGCCCACAGCCAUUCCCCACAAACACACCCCUCCCAACACGGAAUGGGGCGUGCAGGUGAGGAGGGGAGUCAGAGACGCUACCUGGACCCAUCGGCACUCUACCGGCCCGGGGGGUCACUGGCAGGAGAGCGAGGCGGAGGAGCAGGGUCGGAUCCCACUGAGGUCUCAGCCAUGCAGAGUCUCAUCAAAUACAGCGGAAACUUUGCCACCGAAGGUCCGGGGUCCGCCAGGCACGCCGCGGAUGGCCGGGGGCCCUUCGGGGGUCUGGCUAGCGUCGGGAUGGAAGCCGAAAGGGAGCGGGAGAGGGAAAAGGAAAGAGAGCGAGACAGGGGGGAAAGGGAGAGGGUCUCGGUCGGAUCAGGCGGUUCGGGGGCGUUGCGGGUGCCUCCCCAGCUGAAGCGAGAGCAGGAGCGGCCAGACAGCGCCCGCUCUUUCGGCAGGGAGGGGGAGGGGGAGGUGCGCCACCCUCCGGUUGGCAUUGCUGUGGCCGUGGCCCGGCAGAGAGACAGUGGGAGCGCCAGUAAACAGACCAGUGGACCCUCAGACACUCAGAGGAACCUGCUGCAAACGGCUAUCAAAGAUGAGGAGCGAGGGGAGGACCGGGGCCGUCACCACGAUGACAGACUGCUGGCCAGCCGGCUGGAGCGCGAGCAGGAGAAAGUGCUCAGAGAGUCCAAGGAGCUGUCGGAGUUUGCUCAGAUGCAUCAAGCCCCGAUGUCGAGCAGCCUGACCCCCAGUAUGAUGACACCCAGCCUCAUGACCCCCAACCUCAUGGUCACGGGAGGGGCUGCCCUGGCGGGGGCGGGACGAUGGCAUCCCGACCCCUCAACUCUCACCUCUCACCCCUGGAUGCCCCGACCUGGAGCCCCCCCAGUCUGGCUGUCCAGCUCCCCAUACAGCCUGGGUCCUUCCUCACUCCACCAGACCCUCCCCCCAGGCUACCCACCCUCUCUGCCAGCCUCCAUGCCCCCUCACUACCAGUUUGCCAGGGACCCACAGUCUGGACAGCUAAUAGUCAUCCCCACUGAACACCUGUCACACUACGGAGGCGAUGUACUUGAGCGCGGGGCCCCGGUGUGGUCGGGGGUUUACGGUAGCGGCAGCUCGCUGCAGCACGCGGCCCAGCUCCAGCUCCUCUCCCAGCAGCAGAUGCUCCGGCAACAGGAGCUGCUCAUGAUCCAGCAGCACACGGCGCAGGUCCUGGAGCUGCAGAGGAACGCACAGCUAGUCGUAAGUGGACCUAAUGUUGUUGCAUGCAAACCACAUAUUCAAA